AUGUCUGCGAUUAACGAUUCCGUGGUCUUGGUCUUUUCACUUCCGUAUUACCCGUUAUUCAAGACAGCACACCCAUGUUUGUUCAGCACCCCAACAGCUUCCACGUGGAAGAACGUAGCGUCUGAAGCCACCAAGUUCCCCAUCUUAGCCCACCUCUUAAAUUUGAAGAAGCUCUCCGAGACUGCCCUAGUUAUCCACAACCUAGACCUGGUGUCCACCAUCGUGGCUCUGUUGAACAAGCGCGCUGCCUGUCACACUUCCCUAGACCUUGCUGCCAACGACUCCAAUACCAAGUUCCAGUUGAUAGCCACCGUCCAGGGCAAUCAAGAAGCGGUUCGGGAACUCAAAAAUGUGGUUUUACAGGGCUACAGCCCGUUGUCGUACAAAAAAAUCCGGGUGGAACCUGGCAACGUAUUUACCGAUGGUUCCUACUCCGCGUUAAGCUCGGUUUUGCUCGAGCAAUUGACUCUCCUUGCCUCUCACUACUGUGUUGAGAUCUCUAUUUGCGAAUAUGAUCUCAGCUUCCAGCUCUCCGAUGCCUUGGUGGGAUCCAGUGAGCUAAACGAGGAUGGCUACUUGUACGUGUACAUAUUCGGGAGCUCGGAUAUGAUUUCUGUGGCUGAAACCAAAGCAAAGAUUCUCUUGUCCACUCUGGCUCAGUGCUCCGAAGUGGUUGAGAGCGUGGAAUUUCCUUUGUCUUUGUUACCUCUCAUCGGGGGCACUGAUUUGUCCAAUUUCAACCAGCUCGCUACCACCACCAACGUCGAUUUACUUCUCCCCGACGUUCUCCCGCACAUAUUCACGCCGGGAACUACAAUCGAGCAGAACCAGAUCUACAUUAGCGGGGAAUCGCAGCCUCAGGUGACAUUGGCAAAGCACAUGCUUCGCUCCUUGGCCAUCGACACUGCUGGCACCAUCACCAAGCUCUACUCCGAUGAGAUGCGAGUCAUGAGAGGUAAACUAGAACUCUUGAUGCUCAACCACCAGAACGAUUUGGUCAACCUCAUGUACCACCGUGGGGUGUUUCUCCAGUUGGAGCCCUUAGGAACCGGCGGCGUGGCCGAGUACGGUAAGAUUGUGCUCCAGGGAUUGUCAGCGGAGUCUAUCAAACAGGCAGAAAACGACAUUAUGACCUUGGUCAGAAAGACCUACCGCUGUGCUUUCUUCUUAAAUCAAUCUGCCCACCGCUCCGUCGAUGCUGACACCAUUGCAAAGGGCAUACAAUCGACGGUGUCACGAAUCUCUACCUCCGGUCUGAACAACGAAAUCAAUAACUACCAGAAUAGCAUAUCCAUUGUGUAUGACGCGACCAAUGCGUCGUUUGAGAUCACCGGUGACGACAUCAACGUGAAAGAUGCCGUGCACCAGUUGCUCUCGAUCUUGACUCCUAGUGGCCACGCCAACUUUUCGCAGUUCAUUUAUGAGGUAGAGUUGUCUGCGGCUGAGAAAGACUUUAUCGGGGGCAAAAAGAAUGGUAAAAUGAUCCGUAUUAUGAAUAAUCUGGCUUCCAACGUGAUCAUCAAGUACAACCCGUCCACCAACUCUACCUUUUUGAUAGAGUUGAUCUCCAGUAACAACGACUAUCACUCAUUAAUAUCGGCGCUUCAGUUGUUGGAGGACGAGUUGCCCUUCGAGUACAACCUCAACAUUCCAGAGGCGUACCACAAGCUCAUGAUCGGCUCUGGUGGGUUGAUGAUCCAACAGAUUAUGCGCAAGUACAAUGUUUUCGUCAAAUUCACCAACUCUAACAGUAUCAAUGAAAGCCUGUCCUCGUUGAGUUUCAGGCGUGAGGCCAACGUGAUGAUCAAGUGUCCAAUGAAGAACUCCAAGAACAUUAUUCACGUUGAGAAAGAGUUGUUGGGCUUGGUUGAUUGUUAUAAGUCUGACUUGCACUAUUCCACAUAUUUCAGGCUCUUUCGCAACCACUACAGGUUGUUACUAAGCAAGCGAGAGGGCGAUAACACGGAUGUCCCCACCUCCUCGACGAUCAUCCGCAAGAUCGAAACCACAACCAACACGUUUAUCAACUUCCCCACCUCUGAGCCGUCGCACCAGAUUGAGCUCGUGGAGAUUCGUGGUUUGCAUCGCAGUUCCGAGGAGGCGGCAAGGUUACUAUGUAACGCAUUACCCCAAGACUACGAAGUCAAGAUUGCAUAUUCCCCCAAGUUCAUUGAGACCGUUGGCGAGUAUCAGAACACCGAAUUUACCAGGAACGUCAUCCUUCCGUUGCGAUUACUCUUUGACAUUGAGGUGCAGGUGUUCUUGAGCCCAGAGAUUGACGACUCCAGCUACGAUGCCAAGCCGGCCAACGGCGAGAUUCAGCACUCUCUGGAUUCGCUGAACCCGCCGUUCCACCGCAUUCUCUUGUCAUGCUACCCGGAGAAGCGUAAAAACUUGGACGACGCCAUUGAGAUCGUUGUGGCGUACUUGCGUUCCAGUAACUUUUUGAUCAUCGAGAAGAAUGAGUACUCGAACCAGCCAAUCAUCAAGGGAUCCGCUGCUACCGCUCCGUUUAGCAAUGCUACACAAACAAAGCGUCAGCGCAAUCUACACCAGGAUCCUCACUUAGACGACCCCAGGUUCCAACCCCAACAGCAGUACUUUGCCCCGCCGGUGUCGGCUACAUUUAACACCCCAUUCAGCCCCUCUAACCUGAGUACUCUGUACUACAAACAGCCGGGCGUUGACACCAAUGCCGCUCAUUAUUAUACCCCCAGAUAG